CUUUACAAGCUGGCAAAACAACUCAAGGCUGAGGUAGAUAGCAUCGGAGUCAACGUGGUUGGAGGGGUUGGAUACUGUAUCACUGGAAACAGGGCAGAUGAGAUGGAGGAGCAGGAGAAUGCACCUGAGAAUGACAAGGUGGAUGAGGUUAAUGAGGCCCAGGGGAAUGAGAUGGUCCAUUUCACCAGCUGUCAAGUUAGCUCAAAAGAGUCUGGUUGUGAACACAAGCUGAGUGGUGCAGAAGGAGUGAUGAGCAGUCCAAACUGGUCCUGUUUGGGGUGCUCAGAGGAAGGCAUCCCAGGAGGCUGCCCCUGGCCUGCAAAAGGACAGAAAGUCUCAGAGGGACAUGAGGCAGGGACCUUCAAUGAGUUUGAGAUUGAACAGCACCAAGAAUGUGCCUAUGACCACUUAGAAAUGUAUGAUGGGCCCAACAGCAAAUCACCCAUCCUUGGUCGCUUCUGUGGUAGCAAGAAACCAGACCCUGUGGUGGCUUCUACCAACAAGAUGUUCCUCAGGUUUUACUCUGAUGCUUCCGUGCAAAGAAAAGGUUUCCAGGCAAAGCACAGCACAGAGUGUGGUGGGCUCUUAAAGGCUGAAGUACAAACUAAGGAGCUAUAUUCCCAUGCUCAGUUUGGGGACAACAACUAUCCAGGUCAAACCAACUGUGACUGGGUGAUUGUAGCUGAAGAUGGCUAUGGGGUGGAGCUGUUGUUCCAGAUAUUUGAGAUCGAGGAGGAGGCUGACUGUGGGUAUGACUACAUGGAAAUUUACGAUGGUUACGACAGCACUGCACCCCGCCUGGGACGCUUCUGUGGCUCAGGGCCCCUGGAAGAAAUCUACUCUGCAGGGGAUUCCAUCAUGAUUCGAUUCCAUACAGAUGAUACCAUCAACAAGAAAGGCUUUCAUGCCGAAUACAUAAGUACCAAAUUUCAAGAUGCAUUGCACAUGAGAAAGUAG